UGAUUUUGGAAUGAUUUAUAGUGAAAUUAAAGUUGCCUUAAUGUCUCGUUAUAAUCCAACAAACAUAAAUAAUACUCGUAAUAAAAUAAUGAAAUCAUAAUUAUUUUAGUCAGCAUGUGUGUGCGUUCCUUUUGAAACUAAAUUUUCUUAGUUGUAUGAUUCCAAAGGCCAAUUUUAUUCUUGAUAAAUUCUACUUGUACGCACGGUAUUUAAUCAAAAGUGUUCUUAUUGAAAUUUAGAAGAGUAUUAAUUAAUUAUCUUCACCUUAAAAAUUACAUGUUCGUGGCAGUCGUUAUCACGGCUAUCGUCACAAUCAACGUUCCCAGUCUUUAAAUCGCGGUCAAACUCUUUCUCAGGCGGACGUUACGGGGAUGUGGUGACAUCGGGGUGCAUCAGGUAAAGCUCAAUCCAGCAGUGGCUGUACUAGCUGUGCCAUGGGUAAUAAGUUGAGCUGCUCGUGCGCACCAUUGAUGCGUAAAGGGUAUCGUUACGAAGAUUCUCCAUGGCAAAGUUCAAGACGUCGUGAUGGACAUUUAUUAAGUUCGUUCAGGUUAUGGGCGGAGGUAUUUCAUGUUUCAGCCAGUGGUGCUGGAACAGUUAAAUGGCAACAAGUAUCAGAAGAUUUGGUUCCUGUCAAUAUAUCAUGCAUACAAGAUUCACCCGAAUGUGUAUUCCACAUAACGGCCUACAACAGUCAAGUGGAUAAGAUACUCGAUGUGCGACUUGUACAACCAGGUACUCGCAUUGGCCAGGCUUCAGAAUGUUUUGUUUACUGGAAGGAUCCCAUGACCAAUGACACUUGGGGUCUCAAUUUUACAUCACCCAUUGAUGCCAAACAAUUUCGUGAAUGUUGUUCGCCUUCUUUCAAAUUUUCACGAAAGGCCUCAUCAAGUUAUUCGCUGAAAUUGGAUCCGCCUGGCAAGGGAAAAGUCAAAGCCAAGAGAAAGCCAUUAAGCACACCGGCCUCACCCUCACGAGUACGCAGUGAGCCACAAUGCACUUGUAUGACAGCCGAACAAUAUGCACGCUUGAGAAAUGAUCCCAGAGUACGAGGUUCUUCCACUUUGCCACGCAAUGUGGGUUCCCGCGUUGCUGCCGAUGCCGAUGGACAAGCACAUCAGAAAGUCACAAAUGCUACGAGCAGCACUUCACUCUAUGACAAUGUCGCCAGCGGUGGUGGUGGUGGCGGUAACCAAGGUCUGGGCUCUGCUGGUGAUACUUUAGGUCGUCAAAUUAAAACUCAAGAUGCUGCCGCAGCUACCAAUGGUGGCGUGUGUGGUGGUGCUGGUGGCGCAGCCAAUGCUGCUGGUGUUUCUUCUGGCGAUAUUUGUUCCCAAAACCAUGUUGGCUCUCAAGCUGGUCCCGAAGAUGCUUUAGGCGGUCAAUCCGAUGUUGAUAUGGCCAAGAGUGAAGGCACCCAAGCCGGUGGCCCUUUACAUCAGUCGGUGGGAACUUCCACAAAAUCUACUGGAACUCGUUCUAAAGAAUAUGCUGAUGAUAUGACACGCGAUCCACAUGGCCACGACAUGCAUCAACAUCAGCACCAACACCAACAUCAACACAAUAUAAUUAACAACAAUACCAGACGCAAAACGAAAAGUACCGAGGACAUGAAUGUCGAUACCAGCACUUUGAAGCGUAUGCUUAAGCCCAUGACUAGCACUGAAAGCCCAGUGACAUCGCCUGAAAUGGGUAGAAGACGCUACAACUACUAUAACGCCAACGCAGCAAAUACGUUUGGCCCGCAACACAUGCAUCAACAUGCUGGUGGUGGCGGCGGCAUGGGUGGCAUGCAUCACAUUAUGAACAACAAUAAUACAUUGGGUGGUGGUCGUCCCAGCAGUCAGUCGUCGCGAUUUUCGGGAUCAAGAUCUUCCCAUGAAAUUGGACGUGGUUAUACACCACGUAAUUUAUAUUUGGAAUUGGAACGAGAACGUGGCUGUAUUGAAGGUUCGCCACCUUCCGACAAUGUAAUGUUCGAUAAUCAAUGUUACGCCACUACACCCAGUUCCAGUAAUGGCAACUCCGAUCAGGAUCAGUCUUCGUAUGUACAACGUCCUCCUGGAGGAGGCGGCGGCGGUGGUGGACGUCAUCAACAUCGUCAUCAGGGUCCCAAUGUUACUCCUACACCUGGCAGUCCCACUUCACGUCUAUUACUCGAAUACGAAAUGCAUUUGCGCAACACUUUGGCCAAGGGCAUGGAUGCUGAGUCUUAUAGUCUUCAUACAUUCGAGGCUUUACUCUCGCAGAGCAUGGAAAAUUUGGAAUUUGCCGAGAGUUUGCCCGGAUCAAUGCAACGCAGCCCGUUUCCCAUGCGCAGGCCUACAAGUGCUAAAUCUUCUACUCUACCUUUGCCUCCACAUCGUCCUUUGUCUGCAGUGCGCGAUAAGGAGCGUGAUCGUGAGCGAGAUGGUUACUAUAGCGAUCGUAAUGAGUUGGUGCGUGAGCGAGAACGUGAAAGGGAAAGAGAACGUGGUUAUUUGUCGGAUCACAAUACCAGUUUCUCAAAUUCACGUUGUGCUUCAUGCAUUGGUGAGUCAGCCAGAGCUCAAUGGUUUCGUCAUUCGGAUGGUUGGCGUUCUGGUAGCUCUACUAUCGGUUCUGGUUCCGGUCAAGGUCUCAUGUCUCAACAGACCACUAGUUCAGGCAAUAAACGUUCUCCCUGGGAUUCCUUGCCAUCUUUAAGACAAGACAGUAGUUUAAAUGACUCUGGUUAUAAGUCAGCCAGAGCUGAUUCCUUAGAACAACGAGCCGAAUUUAUACGCCAAGAUAGCUUAAGAUCUGAUUAUUUAAGUGAUCGUGAUUCCCGUUAUGGUAUCGUACAACAAGCUUCUAUUGAGAGCACCGAUUCACGCAUGUGCUAUUUAACAUCUUCCGAGUUAAAUAAUGUAAAUUGUGUUGAUGUUAAUAAUGAAGAAUAGAGAAAAUCUUCAAAGAAGGUAAAGUUUAAAAACAGUAGCCUUUAAAAAGCAUAAACGACUUACCAUAUAAUAAACUUUAGAAAGCCACAUCCUAUAAAUUUAAGUCUAACUUUUUCUUGUUUUUGUGUUAAUACAGAGUUUUUAUGCAAAUAAAAGCCAAGCUUUUGCG